AAGUAUCUACUGCAGUAUUCUGCUAAUGUUCAUUUAUUUAUGUAGAUGGAGAAUCCUACAUUCAGAAGGACCCCUAAUGGGACCCUUCUGCUGAAGGCUUCAGCAGAGGCCCAAGCCCUUGCCAUCCAGCCGCCUGGCAGCCAGGCCCCCUACAGGGCCAAGAAGCCAGAGGAGGUGGAUGCGGACGCUUGGGCCCAUGUCAACAUCCUGAGCCGGUGGAAGGUCCAGUUUGGUAAAUACCAUGGCAAGACCUUCCACUGGCUGCUGGAGAAUGACGUGGGCUACAGCAUCAAUCUGGUGGCCUCCCACCAGAAGGAGUGAGAGAGGACAGGGUCUCAGUCCCCGCUGAUGCCCAACAAGGACACCUUCACCCGCUACUUCUCGGUGUACCCUGACUUUGCGGAGGCAGUCAGGUUCCACCGGGUGUUCGAGGAGGCGCGGGUGAAGUCCCUCCAGCCUGGGCAGGAGGCACAGGCACUUGUUGGCUUCGGGGACUUUAAAUUUGAGACCUUGCAGAACCUGUACGAGUCUGAGGACUCCAAAAAGAUCCGAUUUGUCAACUACCUCCGGAGGAAGGCGCCAGCUCCUGGCACGCAGAUGGAGAACUCCGUCCAAUAUGUCCGGAACCGAGACAGGCAGGCCAGGGCUGCUGCUGCAUCCACCACAACUGCUGCUGCAUCCAGGAGCAGCAGCACCACCACCAGCAGCAGCAUCAGCAGCAGCCAAGCUUCUGUCUCGGCCGCAAGCCAGAGAGCCAGGAGUGCCUCACAACCUCUUGGUUCUGCGCUUGUGGCCUUUGUCUCCGGGUGGCGUACUCUGUCUGCGGUUGAAAUGCAGGCUAAAUUGAAAAAGAUCGUCCCUAAGCCCGCAUUUCCAGCCUCUUCCUUCCGGCCCUUCAGACCAGCUCUUCCCUCCACUUCCACCGAGGAGCCCUCCGAUGAAGAGCUGGUCAAGGCCGUAGUUGACUUGGAGAAGUCAUCCACCUCCUAUCCCCUAAGCAGCAGCAGCAGCACAGAAGGGGGCUGGUGUCUCUACUGUGGACGUGCCCACAGAUGA